UGGGUGAGGUUAUAUUUCUUUGAGUUGGCGGCUUCUUUUGGAAGGGAAGCAAAAUAUUUUAAUAUUUCUGACAGACUUCUCUUUUGGUGGUUUUUAAUUGUUCACAAAAAAUGAAUAACAACGAUGGUCUCUUGUGCUGUGCUGUUAAUAUAGAAUGGACAAAUAAACAGGGUGUUGUUCAAAGAAAAGUGGCGCAUAAAAAAGCCAACUUGCAUUUAAUCAGAGACGAACGAAGGGAAAUUUUCGUGGAAAUCUCUACCGCGAAGACAUCUCCAGUAAAAUUACUUUUAAAAGGUAUUUCCGUUCAUAAAAAGUUCAUGAAUGAAGGAAAAGCGUCUAUCAAAUUCCAACCUCUGAAUUGCACGUUAUAUCUCUCUAAUGCACCCCCUGGGCAAUUAUUAACAUUCCUAAGAACUGUAUUUGUUAAAAUGACUGGCGAGAAAAGCAAUGCAAAUCCUAACACCUCCCUAAGAACCCAGUUGUUGUCUGGUAAACCCAAACAAUAUGAAGAGAUAUCGCCCGUUACUAAUGCAGAUAUAGACAAAGCAAGAGCUAAAGUAAGUAAGGGAACUGACACCACGCCCAGCCCUCUAGCUGGGAAAAAGAGAAAAUUGGAAAGAGAUGAUACAGUCCGACCUCCUGCAGCUAAAAAGUUAUACACUGCCUCUCCUAUACCAAACGAGCCUUUAGAUUUGGAACAGCAAGAGGUUCUCGACGCCUGCCUGGCAGGACAUAACUUAUUUUUCACUGGUAGUGCAGGCACCGGAAAGAGUUAUCUCUUGAGAAGGAUUAUCGGUGCUCUGCCACCCGAUGUUACCACCGCAACUGCUUCUACAGGUGUAGCCGCUUGUCACAUUGGAGGUGUUACCCUCCAUCAAUUUGCCGGCAUCGGCAGCGGAGAAGCAACACUAGAAAGAAGCGUUGAACUGGCGUCAAAGCAUCCCACUGCCAGCAUCUGGCGCAAAUGCAAGCACCUCGUCAUCGACGAGAUAUCCAUGGUGGACGGAGAGUAUUUCGAGAAGAUCGAACAGGUGGCGAGGAGGGUGAGGCGAAACGAGAAGCCUUUCGGGGGAAUCCAGCUGAUUCUGUGCGGAGAUUUCUUCCAGUUACCUCCGAUAAGCAGGCCUAAGCUGGGCGAAACCAAAGCGCCACCUCCGAGGUUUUGUUUCAAGACCAAAGCUUGGGAAGACUGUAAACUGAUCACUUUUGAAUUGAAACGGGUCCAUAGACAGGACGACGACCGCUUCAUAUCGAUUUUGAACAAAAUCAGAAUAGGUCAGGCGGACAAAGAAGUAACGAACGCUUUGACGGCUACGGCGAAGCAGAAAAUCGAACAAGGCGACAUCCUGGCCACCAGACUCUGCUCCCACACAAAAGACGCCGAUAUCAUCAACGAAACUAAACUGAAGGCCCUGCCCGGAGAACCUCAAAUUUUCGAAGCUCAAGACUCCGUUCCGGGCACGACGAAACAACUGGACAACCAAACGCCUGUUCCCAACAAACUCGUACUGAAAAUCGGAGCUCAGGUUAUGCUCCUCAAGAACAUUAGCGUGGUUUCGGGCCUGGUGAACGGCGCGAGGGGUGUCGUGAAGACAUUCCGAGACGGUCUGCCGGUCGUCCAGUUCAGGAAUAAGGAAUACAUCGCGAGACACGAACGGUGGGUGAUAAAAACGGCGAGCGGCGGGUCCUUGGCGAGGAAGCAGGUCCCCCUUAAGUUGGCGUGGGCUUUCUCCAUCCACAAGUCGCAGGGUUUGACUUUAGAUUGUGUGGAAAUGUCGUUGGCAAGGGUUUUCGAGGCGGGACAGGCCUACGUGGCACUGAGCAGGGCGCAGAGUUUGGAGACGCUGCGCGUGUUGGAUUUUAACUCGGCUCAGGUUUGGGCCAAUCCCGAUGUUCUUCAGUUUUACAGACAUCUGGACCGAACUAGGAUCGUACCGUUAGGGCCGGUUAAUAAGUUGAACACCGUUAAGAAGGUGGGGAAAAAACGGGUGCCUUUGGGAAAGUCGAAGUUAUUGGAGAAGCCUUUGGUUAAUAUAUGUUGACGUUGGUUUUAGGAGUAUUUAGAUUUUAAUUCUAGUUCGGUUACGUCCAAUACGAGUAAGUUUUAGAAUAAAAAACGUAGGAUGGGUAGGUCUAUAUUAUGUGCAAAUCGUGAGCGUCAGAAAAUUUUUUUACUGAAGAGAAAAAUAUUUUUAUAUAUAUCAUAUCGAGAAAAUAAAAACGUGUUUAUGAUGUAUUUAACAAUUAAAGGUCCAGGGUACAGGAUGUGAGAAAAGUUCCAUUAAGGCAAAACCAGUGACGGUUCGCAAAAAUUAACCUAACCAAUUUGUGUUUUAGGAGAUCAUUUCUAAGCUCACGUAGAUAACUUUCGCGAAGAACAAAUUUCGAAUGAAAUUUCCGAAAAAACAUUCAAAAAGGGUGGCCGAUCCUGAGAUCUCGAAAAAUGUUGCACAUAUAUUUGCGGAAUGUAACGAGCGUUCAAAUAAAAACGUGGUCAAGUUGGUUCUGAAAAUUUGGACGUAGG